AACUGCCUCGAGUGAGCAGUUAGUCAUGGCGUGCCAUGCAGCGGCUGUGGUAGAAAAGCAGCAAGCGCAAAACAGUAGCCAGAGACUGCGCACACAUCGCGACAUCGCGCGAGCGAGGUGGCAAAAGGCGUCCAGUUUGAUGGCAAGAAUGGCGGAUGGGCGCAUGCCAUGAGGGGUGGUGACCUUUAAUGCUGGCAUCACGGCCUGCGGAGCCUGUGGAGCCUGGACCUGGGCUUGGCGCCUCUUUCAGGAGAUGGCUGAGCUGCAAAUUGAGGCAAACAUCAUCAGCUACAACGCCAGCCUGAAAGACGGCAGGAGCUGGAGAGCAUCCAUCGAUAGGAUCAGGCAUUUGAUCGACGAGGGUUUGCAGCUUCAGAUGUUGACGCAGAACAUGGGCAGCAGCGCUUGCGUGAAAGCCGGUGUUUGGCAACGAGGCCUAUCCCUACUUCUCCAGCAUGGCUUGAGGAGGGAUGCAGCCAGCUACCUCUCGCACCGCCAUGCCUCGUGGUGCCAAGCUUUAGAAAUGCUGAGGUUCAAUUUGGACGCUACAGUGGAUUCGAACCUUGUGACCCUGAACGGUGUCCUGGGAGCCUGCAGUUGGCAGCAACAGUGGCAAGCAGCUUUGCUUCUGGUGGGCACUUUGGACAGGUCUUCUUUGCUGAUGGAUGUCAUCAGCCAAAGCAGCGUUGGAAGUGCUACGAGCAAGCAUAGCUGGACAUCUUCUAUGGCGUUCCUGAGGCACUGCCAAGCCGAAAGCCUUCAACAAGACAUCGUGGUCUUGAACAGCCACCUCAGUGAGCUCUCCUGGCCCCAUGCCUUCCAUCUCUUCGCCUCGAACCGCGGCUUGCGCCCCACGCGCCUCACAUGGAACGCGCUGGCGGCGAGCCGUUGGCAACGGGCACUGGUGGCAGGGGAGGAUGGCCUUGGCCCGGACACGGUGACCUGGACCGUCGUGCUGUCGCGCGGUGCAUGGCAGGUGUCGCUGAAGGAGUUGCGGAUGCAAGGGCUGAAAGUUGCUUCGCUGACCUGCAGUGCUCUCAUCACAAGCUGCGAUCAACGCUGGGCAGAGGCACUGGAGUGGCAAAGGCUCCACGAGACUUUGGGCCUUCAAGGGGAUUUGCUGGUCCACAAUGGAGUGCUGGUGGCCUGCGAGAAGACUCAACGCUGGGAGAGAGCUGUGCAGAUUCUUCUCGCCGGAAUUGGGGAGGCGGACGCCAUCGGUUGCACCACCUGUCUGACCGCCUGCGGUCGGGCGAGCGCCUGGCAAGCUGCAUUGCGCCUGCUCGCGGAGAUGCGAUGCAUUCUUGUCCGAGCUCACUUGAUUUCGCACAACGCCUGUCUGAGCGCCUGCGAGGAAACGGGGCAAUGGCGGCAGGGUCUGCAACUCUUGGAUGAGAUGUGUUGUACCUCGCUUGGGCCCGACUCGCUGAGUUGCAAUACUGCCAUCAGCGCAUGUGAGAAAGCGAAACGCUGGCACCAUGCCCUUGGCCUGUUUCACCGGUCGCGGCAGCCAAACACCUUGACCUUUAACACCACCAGUAGCGCUUGCAGCAAGGGCAGGCAAUGGCGCUGGUCUGCGUGUCUCAUUUCAAAGCUACCCCAGGAAAGCUUGCAGCCCAGCCAGAUUUCAUUCAAUGUCCUCGCAUCCGGAUUGUCGCACUGGCAGCGGAUCGUGCAACUCCUGGAGUCCGGGAAUCCAGAAAUCACCCUUUGCGAAGAAGCCGCGAUCCGUUGUGCAGCGGCGUGGGAGGCGCUGCCGCUCCUCCGCAUCUUGGCGACGCUGCAAGCCCCGCGGGACGGCCUUAAAAGGGGGGACCGUUGUGGGGCGCCGUGGGGACUGGGGAAAAAAUGUAAAAAAAGUUGA